AUGGUUCGCCGACGAGCUCCACAAGGACGGUUUUCUUUUUCACAUGCGUCUAUAAAUCAGGAUGCUCCUCCUCUACCCCCCGACUGGCGUAACGCAAUUGACCGGGCGGUAUUUAGGGAGGGAAGGGCGACGUCUGGCCUGCCUGCUAUUGACACUGUCGUCGGCCCAUCGAGCCACGACGCUCAUGGGACCGAUACCGAAUUAUCCACAGAAAGGCUGUCACCUUCAACGCCUGAUUGGGGGACAUCAGGAACUAUGAACUUUACCCCUCCUACACCUACUGAGAGCUGCCACGACGAGGAACCCGUGUCUCGUCCAAGUUCACCCACGCCUUGGGAACACCUAACGCGCUCCACAGCACGGCAGCCAUCUUAUCAAGAGGAAUAUCGCCCACCAACGCCCCCAAUCCCCAACCAGCGCAAAAGGCCCAGAUCAAUUGGAUCUGGAUGUGAUUCGCCAACACCUACCAUUACAUCGCAGCUAGCACCCCACUCCACACUACCUUUGGUUUCCCGUGAAACUGACCAUGACGCGGCUCCGUCGAUCUUGAUUGAGAAGUCGGGACCUCCGCCUCUACCUCCCAAGCCCUCGCUGCCGACACCUCCUGCAAGCGUGCUGACUCACUGUGAUGUUUCCUCUCCUUCGAAUCAUGCUGGGCAUGAUAAGUCUUCUCAACCUCCCACGUACUCUCCUGGUCACGAUAGGCGUCCUUCUACUCUCAACUCGACUCUUAAUUUCACUCUUAAUUCUGACAAAUGGACCGAGGGUACUGCGACUCCCUCUGCUCAAGGACUGAUUACUAAGAUAGAGGCUCCCGGUGAUGCCUCCGAGUUUCCUGCUGCCCUCCUUGAUCGAGAUUCUGCUAGUCGCGCAAAACGCAGCUGGUGGCAGUCGAUCGCAAGUGGCUUCAAGCGUUUCAUGUCUGGCCUAUGUUGUCUGUAA